GGAGGAGAUUUGUUUGUGUGUCCGUGUCUUUGCAAUAUUAAAAAGAAUCGCAAAAAUUUAAAAAAAAAAAAAAAAACAGUGUCGGUGAAUUCCCAAUUCUUUUGUCUUCUUCUUCCUUUUUUUAAAAAAAAAAACUCAUCUCUUCUCUUAUGUAACCGUUUCAGUUCCGAUUUCUCCAAAAAAAAACCAGAUCGGGUCGAUGAUUCUGUAAAACAACUCUGUAUAUAUAUAUAUAUAUAUAUAUAUUUUUAAAAAUAAUGGAGACGGGAGCGGCGGUGACGGCGACGGUUACGGCGGCGACGAUGGGGAUAGGGACGAGGAAGAGAGAUCUGAAACCAUACAAAGGCAUAAGGAUGAGAAAAUGGGGGAAAUGGGUUGCGGAGAUACGUGAACCGAACAAGAGGUCGAGGAUCUGGUUAGGUUCUUAUUCUACACCCGAAGCGGCGGCGAGAGCUUACGACACCGCUGUGUUUUACCUCCGUGGUCCUUCAGCUCGUGUUAAUUUCCCGGAGCUUUUGUCUGGACUCACUGUUUCUGGAGGAGGAGGAAUAGGUGGUGGCGGUGGUGGUGACGGUGGAGGAGAUAUGUCGGCGGCGUAUAUAAGGAGAAAAGCGGCGGAGGUUGGUGCUCAGGUUGAUGCGCUUGGUGCGACGGUGGUUGUUAAAUCGGAAACGAGCCGCGGUGGUGGUGGUGAUUACGAGGAGGAUUGUGGUAAGAGUAGUGGUAAUAACGGGUCGUUGGAACGGGUCGAUUUGAAUAAAUUACCCGACCCGGAAAAUUCGGAUGAUGAUGAU